UCCCAGGUUUUGACCAGCGGAGGAGACGCAGGCUCCCGCCCGUAACCACGCCCCUUACGCGCCAGGCCCCGCCCCUCACGUUGCUGGCUCCCCGCGCCGCCGCAGUCGCGCGGUCGCGGAGCGCGCUCGGGACUCCAGGCUGCUGAGCCCGCCUCCUCUCCAGCGCCCGGCGCCGCCAGCCACGUGGACCGACUCCGGCGCGCCGUACUCGACUGGUUCCAGCGGGGCUCGCCGCGCCUUCCGCAUCUCGGUGCUCGCCCCAGCCUCAGCUCCGUCCCCAUGGCCGCGCUGGUGUUGGAGGACGGGUCGGUGCUGCGGGGCCGGCCCUUCGGGGCCGCUGUGUCGGCUUCUGGGGAAGUGGUGUUCCAGACCGGCAUGGUCGGCUACCCCGAGGCCCUCACUGACCCUUCCUACAAAGCACAGAUCCUAGUGCUGACAUAUCCGCUGAUCGGUAACUACGGCAUCCCCCCUGAUGAAGUGGACGAAUUCGGGCUCAGCAAGUGGUUUGAAUCCUCGGGGAUCCAUGUGGCAGGACUGGUGGUGGGAGAGUGCUGCCCCACACCCAGCCAUUGGAGUGCCUCAUGCACCUUGCAUGAGUGGCUGCAGCAGCAUGGUAUCCCAGGCCUGCAAGGAGUGGAUACCCGAGAACUGACUAAGAAGUUGAGGGAACAGGGGUCGCUGCUGGGGAAGCUGGUCCAGGAUGGGACAGAGCCUUCAGCCCUUCCAUUCUUGGACCCCAAUGCUCAACCCUUGGUGCCAGAGGUCUCCAUUAAGACCCCACAGGUUUUCAAUGCAGGGGGCACCCCUCGGAUCCUUGCUUUGGACUGUGGCCUCAAGUAUAAUCAGAUCCGGUGUCUGUGCCAACUUGGAGCUGAGGUCACUGUGGUACCCUGGGAUCACACAUUAAACAGCCAGGAGUAUGAUGGUCUCUUCCUAAGUAAUGGUCCUGGUGAUCCUGCAUCCUAUCCCAAUGUGGUAUCUGCUCUGAGCUGUGUCUUGUCUGAGCCUAAUCCCCGGCCUGUCUUCGGGAUCUGUCUGGGACACCAACUGUUAGCCUUGGCCAUUGGGGCCAAGACUUACAAGAUGAGAUACGGAAACAGAGGCCAUAACCAGCCCUGUUUGCUGGCAGGCUCAGGGCGCUGCUUUCUGACGUCCCAGAACCAUGGAUUUGCUGUGGAAACAGACUCACUGCCAGCAGGCUGGGCACCUCUGUUCACCAAUGCUAAUGAUGGCUCUAAUGAAGGCAUUGUACACAACAGCCUGCCCUUCUUCAGUGUCCAGUUUCACCCAGAGCACCGAGCCGGACCUUCAGAUAUGGAACUGCUUUUUGAUAUCUUUCUGGAAACUGUGAAAGAAGUUGCAGCUGGGAACCCUGGAGGCAAGACAGUCCGAGAGCGGCUGACUGAGCGCCUCUGUCCCCCUGAGCUCCCCACCCCUGGCUCUGGGCUUCCACCACCACGAAAGGUUCUGAUCCUAGGCUCUGGAGGUCUCUCCAUUGGCCAAGCUGGAGAAUUUGACUACUCAGGUUCUCAGGCGAUUAAGGCCCUGAAAGAGGAGAACAUCCAGACAUUGCUGAUCAACCCCAAUAUUGCCACAGUGCAGACCUCUCAGGGUCUUGCUGACAAGGUCUAUUUCCUUCCUAUAACAGCUCACUAUGUAACGCAGGUGAUACGUAAUGAACGUCCAGAUGGUGUGUUACUGACUUUUGGGGGCCAGACAGCCCUGAACUGUGGUGUAGAGUUAACCAAGGCUGGGGUGUUAGCUCGGUAUGGGGUCCGCGUUUUGGGCACACCUGUGGAGACCAUUGAACUCACUGAGGAUCGACGUGCCUUUGCUGCCAGGAUGGCGGAGAUUGGAGAGCAUGUGGCCCCCAGUGAGGCUGCAAAUUCUCUUGAACAGGCCCAGGCAGCUGCUGAGCGACUAGGCUACCCUGUGCUGGUGCGGGCAGCCUUUGCCUUGGGUGGUCUAGGCUCUGGCUUUGCUUCCACCAAGGAGGAGCUCUCGGCUCUUGUGGCCCCUGCUUUUGCCCAUACCAGCCAGGUGCUGAUAGACAAGUCCUUGAAGGGCUGGAAGGAGAUCGAGUAUGAGGUGGUGAGAGACGCCUAUGGCAACUGUGUGACGGUAUGUAAUAUGGAGAACUUAGACCCACUGGGCAUCCACACUGGAGAAUCCAUAGUGGUGGCUCCAAGCCAGACACUGAAUGACAGAGAGUACCAGCUCCUGCGCCGGACAGCCAUCAAGGUGACCCAGCACCUGGGGAUUGUUGGAGAGUGCAAUGUACAGUAUGCCUUGAACCCGGAGUCUGAGCAGUAUUACAUCAUUGAAGUGAAUGCCAGGCUUUCUCGAAGCUCUGCUCUGGCGAGUAAGGCCACAGGCUAUCCAUUGGCCUAUGUGGCCGCCAAGCUAGCUUUGGGCAUUCCCCUGCCUGAGCUCAGGAACUCUGUUACUGGAGGAACAGCAGCCUUUGAACCCAGCCUGGACUACUGUGUGGUAAAGAUUCCUCGCUGGGACCUCAGCAAGUUCCUGCGUGUCAGUACCAAGAUUGGGAGCUGCAUGAAGAGUGUUGGUGAAGUCAUGGGCAUCGGACGUUCAUUUGAGGAGGCCUUCCAGAAGGCCCUGCGCAUGGUGGAUGAGAACUGUGUGGGCUUUGAUCACACAGUGAAGCCAGUCAGUGAUGUGGAGUUGGAGACACCAACAGAUAAAAGGAUCUUUGUGGUGGCUGCCGCUCUGCGUGCUGGUUACUCGAUCGAGCGCCUUUAUGAGCUCACUCGCAUUGACUGCUGGUUCCUGCACCGAAUGAAAUGCAUUGUGGCUCAUGCCCAGCUGCUGGAACAACACCGAGGACAGCCUCUGCCCCCUGACCUGCUGUACCAGGCCAAGUGCCUUGGCUUCUCAGACAAGCAGAUUGCCCUUGCAGUUCUGAGCACAGAGCUGGCUGUUCGCAAGCAACGACAGGAACUGGGAAUCUGCCCAGCAGUGAAGCAGAUCGACACAGUCGCAGCUGAGUGGCCUGCCCAGACAAAUUACCUGUACCUGACGUAUAGGGGCAACACACAUGACCUCACCUUCCAAACGCCGCAUGUCUUGGUUCUUGGCUCUGGCGUCUACCGUAUCGGCUCCAGUGUUGAGUUUGAUUGGUGUGCUGUAGGCUGCAUCCAGCAGUUGCGAAAGAUGGGGUAUAAGACCAUCAUGGUGAACUAUAACCCAGAGACGGUCAGUACUGACUACGACAUGUGUGACCGACUCUACUUUGAUGAGAUCUCUUUUGAGGUGGUGAUGGACAUCUAUGAGCUGGAGAACCCUGAAGGCGUGAUCCUGUCCAUGGGUGGGCAGCUGCCCAAUAAUAUGGCCAUGGCUUUGCAUCGGCAACAGUGCCGGGUGCUGGGCACCUCCCCUGAAGCCAUUGACUCGGCUGAGAACAGAUUCAAGUUCUCCCGGCUCCUCGACACCAUUGGUAUCAGCCAGCCUCAGUGGAGGGAGCUCAGUGACCUAGAGUCUGCUCGCCAGUUCUGCAAGACUGUGGGGUACCCCUGUGUGGUGCGCCCCUCCUACGUGCUGAGUGGUGCUGCUAUGAAUGUAGCCUACACUGAUGGAGACCUGGAGCGCUUCCUGAGUAGUGCAGCUGCUGUGUCCAAGGAACACCCUGUGGUCAUCUCCAAGUUCAUCCAGGAGGCCAAGGAGAUUGACGUGGAUGCAGUGGCAUGUGAUGGUGUGGUGGCAGCCAUUGCCAUCUCUGAGCAUGUGGAGAAUGCAGGUGUGCAUUCAGGAGAUGCCACCUUGGUGACCCCACCACAAGACAUUACCCCCAAAACUCUGGAACGGAUCAAAGCCAUUGUGCAUGCUGUAGGCCAGGAGCUCCAGGUCAUGGGACCCUUCAAUCUACAGCUCAUAGCCAAGGAUGACCAGCUGAAGGUUAUUGAAUGCAACGUGCGUGUGUCCCGCUCCUUCCCCUUCGUCUCUAAGACACUAGGUGUUGACCUAGUAGCCUUGGCCACACGAGUCAUCAUGGGGGAGAAGGUAGAACCGGUGGGACUAAUGACUGGCUCUGGAGUCGUCGGGGUAAAGGUGCCUCAGUUCUCCUUUUCCCGCUUGGCGGGUGCCGAUGUGGUGCUAGGUGUGGAGAUGACCAGUACUGGGGAGGUGGCUGGCUUUGGGGAGAGCCGUUGUGAGGCCUACCUCAAAGCCAUGCUAAGUACUGGCUUUAAGAUUCCCAAGAAGAACAUCCUGCUGACCAUUGGCAGUUAUAAGAACAAAAGUGAGCUGCUCCCCACAGUACGGCUGCUGGAGAGCCUGGGCUACAGCCUCUACGCCAGUCUGGGCACAGCUGACUUCUACACUGAGCAUGGCGUCAAGGUAACAGCUGUGGACUGGCACUUUGAAGAAGCUGUGGAUGGUGAGUGCCCACCACAGCGAAGCAUCUUGGAGCAACUGGCUGAGAACCACUUUGAGCUAGUGAUUAACCUGUCCAUGCGUGGGGCUGGGGGCCGGCGUCUCUCUUCCUUCGUCACCAAGGGCUAUCGUACUCGGCGCCUGGCUGCUGACUUCUCUGUGCCACUCAUCAUCGAUAUCAAGUGCACCAAACUCUUUGUGGAGGCUCUGGGCCAGAUCGGAUCAGCCCCUCCUUUGAAGGUGCAUGUAGAUUGCAUGACCUCACAGAAACUUGUGCGACUCCCUGGAUUGAUUGACGUUCAUGUGCACCUUCGGGAACCAGGUGGGACACACAAGGAGGACUUUGCCUCUGGCACUGCUGCUGCCCUGGCUGGGGGUGUCACCAUGGUUUGUGCCAUGCCUAAUACCCGGCCCCCCAUCAUCGAUGCCCCUUCUCUGGCCCUUGCCCAGAAGCUGGCAGAGGCUGGUGCUCGCUGUGACUAUGCCCUCUUCCUUGGGGCCUCAUCUGAAAAUGCAGGCACCCUGGGUGCUGUGGCUGGGUCUGCAGCAGGGCUGAAGCUCUAUCUCAACGAGACCUUCUCUGAGCUGCAGCUGGACAGUGUGGCCCAGUGGAUGGAGCACUUUGAGACAUGGCCAUCCCACCUCCCCAUCGUGGUCCAUGCAGAGAAACAGACCAUCGCUGCCAUCCUCAUGGUGGCUCAGCUGACUCAGCGCUCAGUACACAUAUGCCACGUGGCUCGGAAAGAGGAGAUCCUGCUGAUCAAAGCUGCAAAGGCACAAGGGCUGCCUGUGACCUGUGAGGUGGCACCUCACCACCUGUUCCUGAGCCAGGAUGACCUGGAGCGCCUUGGACCUGGAAAGGGGGACGUCCGGCCUAAGCUUGGCUCUCGCCAGGAUGUGGAAGCCCUCUGGGAGAAUAUGGAUGUCAUUGACUGCUUUGCCACAGACCAUGCCCCCCAUACCCUGGAAGAGAAAUGCGGGGCCCAGCCUCCUCCCGGCUUCCCAGGGCUAGAGACCAUGCUACCCCUGCUGCUGACGGCCGUGAGUGAGGGCCGGCUCAGUCUGGAUGACGUGCUGCAGCGACUACACCAUGCUCCUCGGCGGAUUUUCCACCUGCCGCCACAGGAGGACACCUAUGUGGAGGUGGAUCUGGAGCAUGAGUGGACAAUCCCCAGCCACAUGCCCUUCUCCAAGGCCCACUGGACACCAUUCGAGGGGCAGAAGGUGAAGGGCACCGUCCGCCGUGUGGUCUUACGAGGGGAAGUUGCCUAUAUCGAUGGGCAGGUGCUGGUGCCCCCAGGCUAUGGACAAGAUGUACGGAAGUGGCCCCAGGGUGCUGUCCCCCAGCCCCCACCUUCAGUCCCUGCCACCAGUGAGAUAACCACGACGCCCGAGAGGCCACGCCGGGGCAUUCCAGGUCUUUCUGAUGGCCGUUUCCACCUGCCACCCCGAAUCCACCGAGCCUCUGACCCCGGUCUGCCAGCUGAAGAGCCAAAAGAGAAGACCUCUUGGAAGGCAGCGGAGACAGAGUUGACGGGAACCCCUGAGAGCACCUGCCACCCCCCACCACCAGUCCCCAGACAGGCAUCGCCACAGAACCUGGCAGCCCCCGGCCUGCUGCACCCCCAGACCUCACCCUUGUUGCAUUCAUUAGUGGGCCAACACAUCCUGUCUGUGAAGCAGUUUACGAAGGAUCAGAUGUCUCAUCUGUUCAAUGUGGCGCAUACACUGCGGAUGAUGGUGCAGAAAGAGCGGAGCCUCGACAUCCUCAAGGGUAAGGUCAUGGCCUCCAUGUUCUAUGAAGUGAGCACUCGGACCAGCAGCUCCUUUGCUGCGGCCAUGGCCCGGCUCGGGGGUGCUGUGCUUAGCUUCUCAGAAGCCACAUCCUCUGUCCAGAAGGGCGAAUCCCUGAUUGACUCAGUGCAGACCAUGAGCUGCUAUGCUGACGUCGUCGUGCUCCGGCACCCCCAGCCUGGAGCAGUGGAGCUGGCAGCCAAGCACUGCCGGAGGCCAGUGAUCAAUGCUGGGGACGGGGUUGGUGAGCACCCCACGCAGGCCCUGCUGGACAUCUUCACCAUCCGGGAAGAGCUGGGCACCGUUAAUGGCAUGACGAUCACUAUGGUGGGUGACCUGAAGCAUGGACGCACUGUACACUCCCUGGCCUGCCUGCUCACGCAGUACCGUGUCAGCCUGCGCUAUGUGGCACCUCCCAGCCUACGCAUGCCACCAAGUGUAUGGGCUUUUGUGGCCUCCCGUGGCACCAAGCAGGAGGAGUUUGAAAACAUCGAGGAGGCGCUGCCAGACACCGAUGUGCUCUAUAUGACUCGAAUUCAGAAGGAGCGGUUCGGGUCCACCCAGGAAUACGAGGCUUGUUUUGGUCAGUUUAUCCUCACACCCCACAUCAUGACCCGGGCCAAGAAAAAGAUGGUGGUGAUGCACCCGAUGCCCCGAGUCAACGAGAUAAGUGUGGAAGUGGACUCCGACCCCCGAGCGGCCUACUUCCGCCAGGCCGAGAACGGCAUGUACAUCCGCAUGGCUCUGUUAGCCACCGUGCUGGGCCGUUAAUAGCUCUGGCUUCCUCAGCCUCUGCAGGCCCAGCUGUUGGGCAAGGAAUCCCAGUGCCCCCCACGGGGGCAGCUCACUUAGCAGACACUCCGUGCGUCUACAAAGCUCACCAAUACAGAUGUGCACACAAGGACCACGCUCCAGGCUCUGGACUGGAGCAUUCUGGAAUGGGGGGCGUACAGCCUCAGAUAGGGCCCCCCCUCUUAAUUCUUGCACCUCAGAUCUGUAUAGUUCCUUUUUUACGGCCAAUAAAUAGCCAAGCAGCCUCA